GUCUGAAUAUAACUUAAGACCAUGGCAGCACGCUGGAGAAGAAUCCUGGUAAUAUUUGUGGCAGCUCAAGUACUCUUUGUGGUAAAUACCUUCGAGGAAGAGGACGUACCUGAAGAAUGGAUUCUUCUUCAUGUUGUGCAAGGUCAGAUUGGAGCAGGAAACUACAGCUAUUUGAGACUAAAUCACGAAGGAAAGAUCGUACUUCAGAUGCGGAGUUUAAAAGGUGAUGCAGACUUGUACGUAUCCGAUAUGACGCUUCACCCCAGCUUUGACGAAUAUGAGUUGCAGUCUGUAACUUGCGGCCAAGAUGUUGUCCACGUACCUGCACACUUCCGCCGCCCAGUGGGAAUAGGGAUCUAUGGUCAUCCCUCUCACCUGGAGAGCGAGUUUGAAAUGAAAGUGUACUAUGAUCGAACAGUUGUACAGUAUCCGUUUGGCGAGGCUUCUUACAACCCCGAGGAGAUGGAGGCAAACCAGAAAUACUCACAGUCUACAGAAGAUGAAUCUCAGGAUGAGGAAUCUGUUUUCUGGACUAUACUUAUUGGAAUCUUGAAAUUAAUACUUGAAAUUCUUUUUUAAAUUGAUACACACUGGACUAAAUCACACUUCAGCCUGUGAAAUGGAACAUGAAUGACUUGCUGUAAUAUUUAAUACUCUCUGUUAUGUUUCCUGGAAGGGUAUUCAGGUUACUUUUCCUAAACCAGAAAGGAAGUGGGGGAAGAAGCCAUAUUUUAUUUUAUAUUGUAAAUCCCUCCCAUUUGUAAAAUUAGCAGCAAGCACAGUAUUUGCAGCGUUCUUCAGAGAUUAGGGCU